AUGAAAAAGCAUCCUUCUGAAAAUUUAUUAGAUUAUUGUGUGUAUUACAAAGACAGAUAACUUCCAGCUUUACAUAAAACUGAGGCAGUUAAAAGAGCCUUGAUCAUGGAUUCAAUAACAAACAAUGAACAUCCUCUUAAUCAGUUAAUUGAAAAAAAACAAACAUUUGUACCCUUCAUCAAUGAAAGAGAUAGUAUGGGUAGAUUAAUAUCAAGUGAAUCUUAUCAUAGAAAAAGAAAAAGUGAUGCAUCCAGUAUCUUUAAUUCUCCAAAAAGUAGUCACCACUUUCUAAGUAAGAACUCAAUUUCAAACACAAGUAGUUUAUAUGAGAAUUAACUACCUGCCACAAGACUAAAAUUAAAGAAUCUUUUGGGAGGUACUCCUGAAAAUACAGAAUUAAUUUAAUCUACUUUAUUAGCAAGUUAAAGCGAAUUUAAAUAAUCAUUCUAGUUCAAUUCCAAAUAUAAUCAGAUCUCCUUAAGAUUACAUAGAAAGAACAAUAGUCUAUAAAAUAAAUUGCCUUAAUUUGUACGAGAAUAUAAGAUUCCUGAAUUAAAGCUGAUCAAAUAACCAACAACUCCAUAAGCUACUCGAUUCUUUUAAAGUAAUUAUGUGAUAGAAAUGUUUAAUUAAAAUAAGUAUGAAUUCUUUAAAAUAAUAUAAGAAUACCUGAAUAUAAAAUGUAAUAUGUAAUAUUGAUGGAAAGAAUGAGUAAAUUUUAAUUGGAAUUUUUGAAAGAUGUGACAGCAAAUGAAAGAAGAAGAACAUUUGUUAAAUUGGAAAAGAAUAGAAGAUUUAAAUUGAGUUUAUUGUUAUAUUCUCAAAAAGGGAAAAUUUUAGGUAAAGCCUAAGGAAAGAAUAAUUAGAGAAUUAGUUUAAAAGAUCUAGAUCAGCUAUUACACAAGUAACUAAACAUUAAAAUAAGUUAAUGA